AUGACAUCUUGGAAGCUGGUGACGGCGCUUGCCCUCGUAGGAUUCCAAGCCGUCGGAGCUCAAGAUUGCACAUUCGAAUCGAUCACGCCCUCUCGAGACCUCGUCUGGUGCCCAUGUGAAGGCCAGUUCUUCUGUGCGAAGCUCGAUGUACCCCUCGACUACAAGAACCCAAAUCUCGGCAGAGCCUCCGUCCCCUUACUCAAGAUCCCCGCCGCCGCCGAUUCCCCAGAUGGCCCCUAUCGCGGCGCCAUCCUCGUCAACCCAGGCGGCCCAGGAGCAUCCGGCAUCGAGCUCGCGCGCAACAACGGCACCACCGUCCAAGUCGCAGCCGGAUCCAACUUUGACAUCAUCGGCUUCGAUCCCCGCGGCGUCGGGCUCAGCGAACCCCGGCCUAAUUGCUCUGCAGGCAUCACGAUUGGCAAAAGCGGUACCGUGUCCAGACGAGAUGCCCCGCGGGUAGUCGAUGGAUACUACCAGCAAUUCAUUGACUUUGGCAAAGAGCUCGGUGAUAAGUGUCAGGCUCAGACUGGUGCUGACACUGAAGCUGGUCCGCAUAUGACGACUGCUGUUACUGCGCGCGAUAUGCUCAGCAUUGUUGAGGCGUUUUCUGCUUCUCCUGACGGAAACCGGACGGUGCUGGACUCCAGUAAGCUCAACUACUACGGUGUGAGCUAUGGAACCAUGCUCGGUCAGACGUUUGCUUCCAUGUUCCCCGAUAGAGUUGGUCACGUAGCCAUUGAUGGACUGGUUGAUCCGAUUAGUUACCAGACGAACUUCACCUCGAGCUCCAUCACCCACGUAGACGGCGUCUUGGGGGCGUUCUUCGUGUACUGUCACGCCGCCGGUCCGGAUGUCUGCUCUUUCUACGCUGGAAACACCCCCAAGGAUAUCUUUAGCCGAUUCAAUGCUUCAUUCACGCAACUCGAUGCUCAGAAAGCCGAGACAGAGGGCUGGGCGAACGCUACCGAUAUUGGUCUGGCUCUGGUCACAUUUAAAGUCAGCAUCCUCAGUGCGGUGGUGCAGCCGUUGGUAGAGUUCAGCAGAAUAUCCGAUGUCUUCGUUGCCCUGGAGAAGGCCAUCACAUCCAACUCCGUUGCUGCAUGGACAGAGCAGACGAACGCCAUCUACGGCGACCCCAACAUGGGAGGAUAUGAGAACCCUGAACAGACUCUUGGCAUUUUGUGCUCUGAUCAGAGUAACAUCUGGUACGGGAAGUCACUCGCGGAUAUCAAGCCUCUCUUGGACGGGUUGAAGGAUACCAGCAUUGUGGGAGAGGUAUGGUCCAGGACGAUGCUCGCAUGUCUCGACUGGCCCAUCAGAUCCAACGACGUUUUCACGGGCCCGUAUGGAGGUAAUACCUCGUACCCGAUGCUCUUCGUCAGCAACACGUACGAUCCUACGACACCUAUCGAGAACGCCAUCUCGAACGCACACAAGUAUGCCAACGCUAGAAGAGUCGUCACUGAUGGCAUGGGUCACACCACUGUCGCCGCUAACAACAUGUGUGGUUUUGCCGCUAUUCGGUCUUACUUCCAAGACACCAUGUGUGGCAAGGAACACUACUGCCCUUUGGAGCUUGGCCCAUUCAAUGUUCAAUUGAACGGAACGAUCAAGGAGAACCUUGAGGCUGCUGGGCUAUCCAACCUGCGCAGUCUUUACUGA